AUGUCAGAAGAUAUGAAUUUAUCUGUAAAUGGUCAGUCCAAGGUGCCUCCAGGAUUCCGUUUUCAUCCUACUGAGGAAGAGCUUUUGCAGUAUUACUUGAGGAAGAAAGUAGCUCACCAGAAGAUUGAUCUUGAUGUUAUUCGUGAUGUCGACCUUAACAAACUUGAGCCAUGGGAUAUUCAAGAGAAGUGUAAAAUAGGAUCUACGCCACAGAACGAUUGGUAUUUCUUCAGCCACAAGGACAAAAAAUACCCCACCGGGACUCGAACAAAUCGUGCGACUGCUGCCGGAUUCUGGAAGGCUACUGGUCGUGAUAAAGUGAUACAUAGUAAUUCCCAAAGAAUUGGAAUGAGAAAAACGCUGGUGUUCUACAAAGGACGAGCUCCACAUGGACAGAAAUCAGAUUGGAUUAUGCAUGAGUAUCGGCUCGAGGACGAUACUCAUGACCCCAAUGCAUAUAAUCUAGUGGGGGAUAUGUCGCCCGAAGAUGGUUGGGUGGUUUGCCGAGUUUUCAAGAAGAAAAAUUACCACAAAGCUUUAGAGAGUAAUUCAUCCACUUCAAUCUACUCAAGAAAUAGUGUUACAGCACAGAAUUCGAAUAAUGAUGGCAUUCUUGAUCAGAUACUUGUGCACAUGCGACAAUCAUGCAAGAAAGAACAGGAAUUAAUGAUCGACAACAAUAACAACAUCAACAAUAACGAAGAUGAUGAAGACGAGGAUAUGCAAUUUGUCAAUCAAAUGAAAUCAACGAUGGACGAUGAAUUUCAUGCUGGUUUUCUUCCCCUUCACAGAUUGGAUAAUCCAACAUUUCCAUCACUUCUUAGCAUUGAAUCACCUUUCAGUACUGAUCAAGAUUGCAGCAGUUUCAAAGCAGCUUGUGAACAACCUAUGGACUAUAUGCUAACAGAUAACAUUCAAACUUCUUGCACCAACCGAAAUGGCAAUUCUGUUGAUGAUCUGAAAACAGGGCCAACAGACUGGGUGGCGCUCGACCGCCUGGUGGCGUCUCAGCUCAAUGGCCAGGCCGAUACAUCGAAGCAACUUUCUUGUUAUGCUGAUCCGAAUGACAACUUCUGUUUUCCUCUCGAGGAUCACGAGGUAGAACGAACGAGACCAAACCAAGUUUCCGGGAAUUUUUGGACCUUCACUUGA